AUGGAUUCGACAGAUAUCAACCAAGUUCCGAAAUUCAAAAGCGGAACGAUCCAGGAGAUAUUCCGACAGGCCUGGACGAACGAACGGAAGAGUUCGCUGAAGUUGAUGGUUGAGAAACCGCCGAAGAUCAACGAGAUCGGUCUACGAUUAUCGACGGAAUAUCUGCGACUGUUUACGAUCGAGUUGAUUCAUCGGGCCACCCAAGUCGCCCAGCAAGAGGAAGAAGAGGAGCAGGAAGUGAGACGACUCAAUGAGAAGGAUGGGGCUGCAGACGAUAACCUGCGUUCCGCUCUCAAAGGACUCAUCCAGCUUCGACACCUGCAAAAGGCUGCCCCAGGCGUAUUAUUAGAUUUUUGA